GCUCGGCACGAUGGCGGCGGCCGUGGCCCCGGUACUGCGGUGCUCGCUGCUGCAGCGCCGGCCCCUCCGCUGCGGGCCGGGUCUGCGGCCCGUGGCCGGCGCAGGGGCCGCCCUCAGGCCGUGCAGCUCGCGGGUGGCGCAGGAGGGCAUCAACAAGCCCGUCAUAGACCGCAUCAUCCGCGUGGACCAUGCGGGGGAGUACGGGGCCAACCGCAUCUAUGCGGGGCAAAUGGCCGUGCUGGGCAGGUCGGCCGUGGGACCCGUCAUCCAGCAAAUGUGGAAUCAAGAAAAAAACCACCUGAAAAAGUUCAGUGAGCUCAUGGUUGCAUACAGAGUCCGACCUACUGUUUUAUUGCCUUUCUGGAACGUAGCAGGUUUUGUUUUAGGGGCUGGAAGUGCUUUGCUUGGGAAGAAGGGUGCAAUGGCUUGCACAGUGGCUGUGGAAGAGAGUAUAUCAGAGCACUACAACAACCAGAUCAGAACUCUGAUAGAGGAGGAUCCUGAAAAGUACAGAGAACUAUUGCAGGUCAUAAAGCAGUUCCGGGAUGAGGAGCAGGAGCACCACGACAUUGGGCUGGAGCACGAUGCAGAAGCUACACCAGCUUAUUCUGUUUUGAAGACAGCCAUACAACUUGGAUGCAAAGCUGCAAUAUUUUUAUCAGAAAGAAUAUAGUUAUAUUUUUCAUGAUAGCAGUGGCAAUAAACUGUGACACAAAAGCAUAUGGAAAUUGUGGAAGACUCAGCUAUUUUAUUCGGCCUUUUAAAUUUUUCUGCACUAAGCACUUGAUUCAGCCAUCCUUUGUCACAUUGAAUCCCCAUUUAAAAGGUAUCUGUAUUAAAGUCAGUUGAGCUAAAUGUGAAUAAAGGUGGCAGAACUGAGUCUGUGUGAACUAAACCUCCCUAUUCAGAGUCUGUUCACAAGGUGGCAGCACAAUAUGUAUAUACAUGGGUUUUAUAUACAAUAUUUGUGUAUGGAUGCACACACAUAAAAAUGACAAAUACAUUCUCUGUUGCCUUCAAAUUUAUGUGUACUUGAAAUAAGCUGGAGCAGUUCAUUUUAAAAUAGUUAAUACUUUUUCUGAAUAUUUUUCUGUUUCCAGGAAGAGUGAAAUAAUAGCAAGUAUUUAUUUUCAGUCCAUCUUGAAUAAAAAUUGGUAUUAUAAGACCAGUUUUACUUAAAGACUUCUGUGUGUUUUGGGGUGGGCCUUUUUUCAAGCACAGUUCCAAAUUCUUUGAGUAGAAUUUUACUUACUGUAUUUUUUGUUGUUGUUGUGGUGAGGGGUUUUUUUGUUGUUUUUUUGGUAUUUUCUUGGGUUUGUUUGGUUUGCAGGUUUUUUUUUACCUGAGCAUGUAAGGAAUUGAUCCCUGUCAUAAAGCAGGAGGAGAGAGCAACUUUGAGCACUGUGAAAUUGCAUUCAGUAUUCUAUUAGAGCUUUCAAUCUAAUCUUACUUUGCUUCAGACAACAUUUAAUCCAGGUACAUCUGAGCUUGCUUUUUUUAGUAGCUCUGUUAGUGUUUGUAGGUACUGAUUGGUGUGUAAUUUGACAUUAAAGGCUUCUUAAAGAGAAUUAUUUACCCUUUAUUGGUGAAGGAGCUUAGGCAGAAGGUUAAAUCUUAAUAUAGAGAAAUUCCUAUUCUGUGUGAUUUUGUAAUGACUGUCACUUUGCAUGUUCUUUAAAAUUAAUAUCUCUCAAACUGUUGCAAGUGUCACCUUGUUAGACUCCAACUACUGAUGUUAUUUACUUUAUUCAAUCAAAGUAGCAUUUGGUUCUCUGUCUGUGACUGGUUUGGAAUAAUGUGACUUGAGGAACUCAAAGCUACAUCACAGGUUCUCAGGGACUGCAGAAUCAGGAGAUAACUCUGAGGGAAUUAUUUUACUGUCUCAGCCCCAGACAGUUGUGAGCAGUGUGUGUGAAAACUCAAGUUUGCUAAAGGUCUAUCCUAUUACUCUAAUGCAAUAUCUUCCUUAAUUUGGCCAUUUCUCUGGACAAAACUUAGAUCUAGCAGAUUUCUUGCCUUCAUUUCUCUAAAGUAUUCAACAUGCAUGUGGACAACUCCCAGGUAAUUUGUAGGAGAAAGGAAUCAGCACAAAAGAAUGAUUAGCUGAAGUGGUUAAAAGGGUAACAAGUGGUGCUGGAAGCUUGUGCAGUGCAAUUGUGUAAGUCACAGGCUUUAAUAAUUUAGUAGAAGAAGAAAAAAAGAUUGCUUGAUGAAUAGUCCAUUGUAAAGUCUUUCAUACCAGGGGCAGCAUGGGAUGGCAUCUUUUAUAAGUCCAUUAUUGCAGGGGAGGAAGGGCAGGGCAUGGUGUGUUUUCACUCAAAGCUGCAUGCCCAUACAUACAGUGGUCUUGUGACAUAAGCUGGAAACUGAGGCAGAAAGUUCCUGGUCUCUUAGCCAUUACAUCAGGGUUGAAAGCUGAAUGAGGCAUCUGGGGGGGUUUCCAGGAGAGCUGGUACUCCGCUGAAGCCUUGUAUUCUCCGUGGCUGUGGUUGCAGAGAUUCUCUGAAGAUAUCUGUGGUGUUCAGCACUGGUGGGAUUGGCUUGUGACAGAGUGACAGACAUGCUGAUGUGAUUGUCCAAGAUUUGGGUGGCCCCCAAGACCAUGACAUACUGCAAACUUGGGGCAACAGAUUUUAAGAGACAAAUCUCAUGUUAAAUGUAUUUCAUUUGGCCGAGGGCUGGGAACAUCAAAUAGCAAGAAAUUGCCAUGUGAGGUCUGUGUUUGGUCAUAUCUGCUGUAAUUGAAAGGGCUCAUAGAGAGUUCUUUGUCCUCAGCAGCUGAACACAUCCUGCACAUUUGAGAAGGGUGUCAGACAGUAACACUGUCUCCAGCUGCAAGCAUGAAAUGUGAACUGAGAUCAAAUCUGCUUUAUGCUCCUGAGCAAGAUUUGUUCGUUCUUUAAUGGAGCAGCAGAUUUCUACCCAUCCAUUAAAGUGUGGGUGGGCUGUUCUGCCACUUCCAAAGCUUGUCCAUUUUCCUGCUCAGUGGCAGUUUACUCUUUUUUUGUUGUUCUUUUACAUAGUAAAUGGAGUUGCUUUUCAUUUUUUUCAUGGAAAAUGGACUUUUUCUUUUGUUUAAGAACCUGUUUCAGAUUUUGAAAGACUAAAAAAAGUGGUAAAAUGUUACAAAAGAACAGGAGGUGCUUAGUGCUGUACAAUUCUAUUGUACAGCAGCUGCCAGGCUGUAGUUACUUUUUUUAUGUUGAGGCAGAACUAAGCUGAGUAAUACCAGCCAUCCCAGCAGGGGUUAAUGGCAGGCAGAGGCCAAAGUAUAUAGCUUAUACAAGUCUGUUAUCAUAGGAAUCCUCAAUGAACUCUGGUCGUGUUGACAGAGGAAGGGGAGCUUGGAUCAGACAGGCUGUGAAAUGCUGCAUUUUCAGAACAGGGAGUGGGGAAGAUGACUGGGUCUUCACUGUGCCUUUGAGCUCUGUGGCUUCCUUGUAAAUGAUAAAAUACACACAUAAUUUGGGUUUUAUAAUAUACAGUGGGAUAAAAUCCCCUCAUAGUAGUGAGGUCUUGUUAUAAGCCAGGGCUUGAUCCCAAUUUUCUCUUGCAGAAGCAGCUGUGUCUCUCAAUGAGGAGCAGUACAGGUACCCAUCUGUGUGUGUGCAGGGCUCCAGGGCUGUUACCUGCUCUGUGAGCAGCAUCUCACCUCUAGAAAGAAAGCCUUGCUUUUUUCUGCAGGCAGUGCUGGGUGCGAGCUGGCCCCUGUUCUCCAAAGCUGCUCUGAGUCAGAGGUCAAGGUAACCUUUGAUGGUGCUGGGAGGGCAGUGGCAGAUGGUGCAGUCCCUGUGCUGAGCUCUGGGGCUGUUCUGCUCUGGCUGUGGGCACUGCAGAAGGCACGUGUGAUGCCUUCAACGUGCAGCUCUGGCUGUGCCAGGACACGUUCCAGCAGCAGCCAGGCAGAAAUCAAAUCCCUGUGGCUGGGAUUAACAAGGUGAUGCUGACACCAGCUGAACAGACUUUUGUCAAGGGCAUGUAGUGAUAGGACAAGGGUUUAUGGUUUUAUGUUGAUAGAGGGCAGGUUUAGAUUAGAUAGAAGAAAUUCUCUGUGAGGGUGGUGAGGGCCUGGCACAGGUUUACAGAGAAGCUGUGGCUGCUCCAUCCCUGGGAGUGUCCAAGGCCAGGUUGGAUGGGGCUAGUGGAAGGUGUCCAUUCCCACGGCAAAGGGCUGUGGAAUGAGGUGAGCUAAGGUCCCACCCAACCCACUCUGUGAUUCUGUGAUUUAUGAUGCAAAUUAUCUAAAAUGAUACUUGGGAUUGUUUGGCAGACAGCUAAAUCAUUGUCUGGGUUGGGCUUCAUUUUUGUCUGGAGUAAAUCUGUGUGGCUCACUUGAGCAAAGAGAGCUUGUGAUCAGCUGAGAACGUGCCAUACAGUCCCUGUGCUGGGGAUGACAUGGUUUGUACAUCUCUAUUUUUUCUUAGUAUUACAGGAGUUAUUUAAUCUAUAUGCAUCUGCCUUUUAACAUGACUUUAGGGAAGACAUAAUUUCAAAUGGCAGUCAUUUUUUGUCACUAGCUUUGAAGUUGUGGCAUGUCACUUGCAUUGAAUUCUGCACAUAUUUUUUAGCUUGGGAGGCUUAAAGGGCUGAGGCAAAAAUAUUGGCCAAUUUAAAGGAAGAAUAUGUGUUAUAAGGGAGGAGAUUGUUCAAAGGCACUACCAUUUUUCUAUUUGUUACUUCAGUUUUUGUUGUGUCUGACAUGAAAUAUCUGAAUGUAUUUAGGAGAAUGACUGCAGCUUUGUAGUUUUACUUCCAGAGUGGCAAAACUUAGCUUGUGUUGGAGAAUGCUUGCUGAUUCUCUUUUUUAGAGUUGUGGGGCUGAUCUAAUGUUGAGUAAAUGAAUUGACAAUUAGUUUCAGUGGGUAAUGUAUUUCUAAAAGCUUGACUGUGUUAGAAUGAAAAUUCCAGUUGUUGUUAGGUGCUUUCAAUAAAUGCAGCCUCCUGCUCACUUCAGGUGUUUUUGAGAAGUACCACCCUGUGCUACAGUUUUGCAGAGCAGGGGGUGGUACCUCUGUGUCCAAAAUGCAGCUUAUGGCAGCAGCAGUGUUUCAUUGUGUUAGCAUGCAGAUUAUUACACCUAUGCUGAUACUUUUAAAAAUGGGGAUUUUUUGGUUCUGAAAGUCUUUGUCUCACAAACUCUGGCCAUGGCACUGCCUUUACUUGUGCUUGUUCUUAGCUGGAAGUAAAUGAUGAUCUGAUGGAAGCCCAGGAGUCAUGCAGUGAUACUUGGAAAGGAGCUCUGGAGGUCAUCUUGUCCUGCCUCCUGCUGGACCCAGGACUGUGGCCAGCACUAAAGCAGGUCAGCUGUGAUUUUUUCCAGACAGGUAAUGAAAACCUCCAAGGAGAGAAAUUUCACAGCCUCUAUGGGCAGCCCAGUCUGGUCCUGUAUUACCCUACCAGUGGCACUUUUUUUACUUUCCUGAACCUUCUAAGACAGUCACUGCUGCUGCUUGUUAUGUCAUGUAGCACCUUGGAGGAGAGUUUACCUCCACUAUCUUGGAGGUCAACACCCUUUGAGUAGUUUUAUGCAACUAUUAAUCAUUCAGAUUAGCUGUCCUUUCAGUGCCUGGUUCCUGAACUGGCACAGAGGAAAGGAAGAGAUGCAUCUGAUGACCACCUUGACAGUCUCAUUGUCUGCUUAAGACUUCAGGCUUCAUAUGUCUUCUCUCCUUGCAGGUAUUUUCCACCCAACUAUUUGAAUGUCAGUCAUUUGUUUUACAGUGUUACUUGUGCCUAGGACAGAUGGAUUUAUUGAUUUCAUGUACAGGUGGGCAUGUGUAGUCCAAGAUAUUAAUGAAAGCAAGUCAUACAUACAGUGGGUGGUUUUCAUAUUUAAAAUGCCUUUUCUGAACUGUAAUAAAAAGAUUAUUUCUGGCACUAAAA